AAGAGCUGUGGAAACGUGCGAGGAGCAUCGUCGUCGGUGGUCAAUAGGACCGACCGUCUUUUGGACGCGUUUCGUUACAUUAUACGCGCGAGAUCGAGAGAGGAACCAGCUGGAUUCCCACAGCCGACGGCCGUCGGCUACCGAGGGGUCACGAUGGACCUUAGCACCGCCUAUCGCUACAACCAGAACAUGAUGGAAUACUACACCUGCCACGGCGGAGUUAACCAGCUCGGCGGCGUCUUCGUGAACGGAAGGCCCCUACCGGAUGUAGUGAGGCAGAGGAUCGUCGAGCUAGCGCACAGCGGCGUCCGACCGUGCGACAUUUCCAGACAACUCAGGGUAUCUCACGGCUGUGUAUCCAAGAUACUGUCGAGGUAUUACGAAACCGGCAGCUUCAAGGCUGGCGUGAUAGGUGGCUCGAAGCCGAAGGUGGCGACGCCGCCGGUUGUCGAGGCGAUCGCUAAUUACAAGAGGGACAAUCCGACGAUGUUCGCGUGGGAGAUCAGGGAUCGAUUGCUCGCUGAAGGCAUUUGCUCGCAGGACAACGUGCCAUCCGUCUCUUCGAUCAAUCGGAUCGUGAGGAACAAAGCGGCGGAGAAGGCGAAGCACGCGCAUCAGCAACAGCAGGCGCAGCAGCAGCAAGGUCAGCAGCAAGGUCAGCCAGGAUCAGGUGGUUCCGUGUCCGUGAUAGCCCAUGCACCUGCCACGGCAGCGGGUCACCCGGCGGCGACCACUCCCAACGCUUACAGCAUCAGCGGUAUCCUGGGAAUCCCGACGCACCAUCAGGAUCCCAACGGCAACAGCAUCAAGAGAAAACGCACCGACGACGACGACAACCGAGACCUGAACGAUCAUCCCGAGGAUGACUUGAAGAGGCAAAGAAGCAACUACAACGGUGACCAAUUGUAUUCGAACCUGUGGUCGAGUAAAUGGAGCAUCAAGGACGAACACAAGCUCCUGAGCGAGCUUGGAGGCGGCGGUGGCGGCGGUGCGAGCGGCGGCGGCGGCACGAACGGCACUGGAACCGGCGGAGGUGGCGGCGGCGGGGGCGGUAGCGGAGGCAGCAGCGGAGGAGGCGGAGGUGGCGGUGGCGGAGGUUACUACGAACACGGAGGAUUCCCCGGGAACGCGAUUGCCACCUCCGCCGAGCUGUACGACUCCCUGGGCACCAUCAGCACGAUGACGCAAGCGCAAACGCCCCAUCUCUACACCCCGCCCAUAGGGGGCACCAUAGCAGGUGGUACUUUGACGCCGCUCGCGCCACUGACGAUGCAAGAACUAAAAUUGAGCCAAACAUUGGACGGGGCUAACAUGUCUCCUUACCACACCACCGCAGAGAGCAGUACCGUCGCAGUAUCGUAUGUAGGGGUGGGGGCCGGCGGGGGAGAGCAGAGUCCACCGAUUUCCUUGCAGAACGAUACAAACGCCACCCCCGCGGCCCCCAACACCCCCGGAGGGGAUCCCGGACUGACGGUCUUGCAGCCGCCAGUUUCUCAGCCCCAGGUAGCAUCUGCGAUACCGCCGUACUCCACGAUGCUUCCCAGUUUCGGACACUACGCCACCGGUGGUGGUGACUAUGCAUACAGUGCAGCAUACUCUCAAUACUCGAGCGCACCGUACAGUGGAUAUGGUUAUGGAGCAGCGACAAGCGGGUUGCUCAACUCGACGUACUACUACUGUAACGGGGACACGCUGGCGUCUUCCCACAGCAAUUCGCAGCAGGGCGGCGGAUGUAAUAACACAGGGCCAGAGAAUAGCACGGACGUGGCUAGUCGUUCGCCUUUAGCGGCAACCAGGGCGAGCAGCGGCGCGAGUGCCGCUUCGCCGACCGGAAGCGCGUGUACCAAGCCGGAUCACACUUCCACGCCGACGGAUCUUUAUUUGGCCUGAUUAAACGACGGCACAGAAGACAAAACUCGGACAGAGUGUCUUGCUGGAGCCGGAGCAGUGAUCGAUCAGUCCGGACGCCAUAUCACGAGGAACCACGCUGAAAUUAAGCAAUGAUCUCUUUUUACUAAAAAAAGGUUCAGGAACGAGCAACCACGAACUGUUAUCGUCGAGCAACAAUCGGCAACACCUGAGAUAACCACAUGGCGAAUUUCCAUUAAGAACAAGAAAAGAUAUGGAAGAAAGGGCGGACUGUGACCAGAUACACGUUCGUGUCAAUGCAACGCAACAUUAAUCACGAUGGAAUCGCAUAUCGCGCUUUGGAGGACCUCGUCUCAAUUCAUACGAGCAUCACACGAGAGAGAUAGAGACUUUUCGAAAUUUUCUUGUAACGCGCGUUAGACGACGAUCGAAACAUCGAGAACCAUCGUGCGAUAUAUAAGUUAUAUUUCCAAACAUCGAACGCUGUUUGCAAUUCAUCGGAUCGUUGAUGGUAAUUGUGAUUAAAGAUCAUUUGUUAACGAAACCUUCGUCACGAGGGUUCGAAACCGUGUGUAGCAUUGCAAUGUCGAUGUUGACGAUCUCACUCGCGAUCUCGGACGGACAGUGCAACGACGCCACGAGUGUCUGGUCCAGCAAACACUAUAAGGACAAUGCUGUCUAGUUACGCGGUCGGGAUUGCAGAUUGGCCCGCGAGCGUUACCGACAGUGUCGGUACUCGUGUAGAGUGCGCAUAAUUGUAGGUAGUUUAAUUUAAUGAUCCUCAGUUAGUAUAAUUUCUACAGAAUUCCCGCGAUUCGGUCGUCCCUCCAAAUGUGCCCGUGCAUUCCCGACGAACGCAUCGCGUCGUUGGUAUCCAUUGUUGACGAUCGUUGCGUAUCCCAUCUCGCGAAUGUAGAUGGACACAUUUGUUACCGACGGCGUUAGAACGUGUACAUAUAUAUAAAGUAAAGAAAAAGAAUGAUAUAUAUGUAUAUAUAUACUUAUAUGUAUAUAUAUAUAUACAUAUAUGUACGUGUAUACAUAUAUAUAUAUAUAUAUAUAUAUAUAUAUAUAUAAAUAUACAUAUUACCCGUGUAAAACAGAGUCAACUGCCUAACACGGCACGUUCUUUCUUCUAAUAAGCACGACGACUUCCCCCCCAUCCCUUACAAACCCCCACAAACGAUAUAAGUAACACAGUAGAUAUAACGAAUAAGUUUAUUGAAAUUUUUAAAUCAGGAAUCGACGUAACGAUCAUUACUGUUAAGGAUAUUAUAUAUAUUUUUUGUAGAAACCAAAGACCACAGACGGAUUGCCGAAAAUGAGAAUUGCAUGCGAAUCGCGUAGCUACGGCAGAGGCAGAGUUUUAAUGGCAGUUCGAAAGCGAUUUAGAGAUUGCAAAACGAGUGCGCGAAUUUGCGAGCGACGUGCAGGAUCGGCGUGAAUGUACAAAGCAAGGGGGAAUGCAGCUCGUGAAAUCGAGAAAGCGUGAAAAGCGAAACAAAAUCGUGAAACGCGUGCUCCGUGUCAUCGCGGUUGAAAAUCAGUGAGAAUGGCCAAGAGUACAAUGCAAGAAAGUCGUUACCUUUCGAUCAAGGCUGUCGUCCAUCGUCGAGCAUGGAUCAUGUCACGAGUAUCUUUCCGCGGUCGCAAAUAUCUUGUCACGAACUUUUUCUUCCAAAACGGAACCACGAACACUUCCGUAACGGCCGGUUGAUCGCGAUUAUUCCCGCGUUCCGUCCAACGGCUUCGCCACUCUCGCGCACCACUACGGAAAUCAACAACGUACUUCCGGCAUCGCGUCAAGCGGAACAUUUCAAAAAGAAAAAGAAACACAACAAGCAUCGCGGAACUGUAAUUAACGUCUGGCCAUCGCGAUUUUAAUGAGAAGUUAUGUGCCUCGCAAUUUCUUUAUGAUUAACGGGCAAAAAUGUUAAUUCGUAACCUUAAUAAGGAAAUUUACGCGCGCGUGUCCAGCGCCUCGCAAUCUGCGCACACGAUUUGUGCGCACGCAACGCUCCGGGCAUGCGCGGCAAGUUUCGAGGCGGUCACGUGACGCGCGGUACAAUUCAAACGCUGUAUUUAUACUCUACAUUCCCCUCAUCUGAAUUCCGCAAUUAAAAGAGCAACUUUUAUUCACCUUCACGAGGAUAAUUAGAUGUUUGUCGCUUCUAUUUAAUGAAAAUUACAAGCAGUGCAAUCAAUAUGUCAAAAUAUUUUAAUUAAUCAUUUACGUAAGAAAAAUAAGCUAUCCGACUACAUGUGAUUAUUAAAGUAUCGCGUCACGCUUGAGAAAUCCACCGUGAAAUAGGUUUCCCAACGCGAUUUCAUUCGCAUCACAGUUAUCUCAUAAUUAACGAGUUAGAAUUUCUCGAGCGUAUCUUGUAUGAACGAUAAGAGUUGUCGAUAACUUCGUGAAUGUCUUGUUAUAUUUAUUGUCUUCUAUCGAUAUUCUUUUUUUUUAAAUUGAAUUUUAUUAGAAUAUAUUUAUUAACGUUUUGCAAAUGAUUCGUACGGUCUUUCACCUUUUCCAUCGUUACUUCCAUAUUCGCGUGGUAUCGUUAUACAUGCACAAUUCGUACAAUUCCAAUGAAACGAUCGAAACAACAAUAUCGAUCCUAAGCGUGCUCGCAACCGAUUUAUCGAUCUGAGCGUCAGAUGAACAACUUAUUCGAAUUAUCUCGUUUAUUCUAUUCUGCCGAUCGUUCGAAAAAGAAAAUGAAGAAAAGGAAAGGAAAGGAGAAAGAAAGGGAACGUCACCGUGAUUUUAAAACCGAUAUUUCGUCCUUCCCUGCUAGUUGUGUUCUUUAGAUAUUCAACCCGCUAACGCGAUUACGUUUCUGCCGACAUUCGUCGCAAAAGAUAAACGAUCUGUAAAAGCGAUCUCUCAUUGCGGAAUAAUUGCUAUUUAUAAAUUGUCGUAUUGUAGUGUUGCGUGUCGUAAAAGGAAGAAACAGGAACAUGGAAAUCGACGAGUCGAGAAAAAAACGAAAAGUAGAGAGAAAUGGAGCGAGAUGAAAAGAAAGAGAGAGAGAGAGAGAGAGAGAGGGAGAAAUUGCAGUGCCGUUACUGUUUUGAGGCUGCAACAAAUUCGAAUAUUGGCACUAUCGUUUCACAAAUCGUGAUAUAUUAUCCGCUGUCGAAGGAAAACGAGCUUUCUUUCGUUCAUCCUCGUUUCACAUCUACCGUUCUACAAAAUACUUCCACGGUACACAGCAGAUACAAUCGGAGGGUCGAUGAUCGGCCAAGUGAAUUCGAUCUGACGUUCAUUGCGAUUUUUUUUAUCACCUGUCGGGAUUCUAACCAACGCGUACUUCACAUUGUUAAUCUAUUAUUAUUAUUAUUAUUAUCGUAACGAUGAGAUGAUUAUGAAUUCUUCUUUUUUAUCAUUA